UGAGAUUCUCUCCGUUGCUUUUGGUUCCCUUCUUGUUCCAGGUGGCCAUGGCCGUCAUCAACAUCACCACUGUUGGCACCAGUCUCACCAACCCAACCCCAUCCAACCUCUGUGAUUCCUCUUCCUAUGUUACGUCUGGUGGCCUGGGUCUGCUUGCCUGGCUGGCUACCGCCGAAUUCUAUGCCCAGUCGACCACCGACAUUGCCAUCUUAGGAACCGGAGUGAGAACGUACACGUACGUUGUACAGUGGUUCUUCACCUUUGAUGAUCCGUUGGAGGCCACUGGCUUUGACAUCAGUACAUUGACUUCUGCUGUUUCAUUACUCACCACGGUUAAUGUGGUUGUUAACCCUACCCAGGGUGGCUUUAUCCUUUCUUACAAUGACUCUGUCACCUAUCCAAUUGCUCUCGGGGUUGAUCUUCUUGAUGGGCUCAACUGUUUUGAUUCCAUUAUUGGCUACACCACGGGCUUUACUGGUGGUCCAAAUCCUACCACCGUUAUUUUGGGUUCCUCCGAUUUCUGGCUCAACCCGGCUAAUGACUUGAAUUGUGUCAUCGGUGACAUUACCUCGAGCUGCAUCGCUUUGGGUUAUCCAUCGCUCAGUACCUGUUUGACUUGGGACGAAUGUACAAAUGCCACGCCUCCUCCUAGUGUCAUUACGCUUACUCUCACUUCCGUUGAGUCCAACGGGUGUACGGUAGUUGAUAAGGUUCUUAAUUCUGCUUACACUUAUACUACCACGAUUUUCCUGACGAGUACCUACCCUGUCACUCUGACCAGCACGUGGACAUCGGCAACGACUACCAUCUUUUUCAUUCCAUUUUAUGGUACCUUCUACUCUACUCUUACUAGUACCACAACCCAAACAUACACUCAGUCUGCGUUAGUUGGUACUGUUUCUAGCUCGUUGAUUUCCGCUGUUACUCUGUGUCCAAGUUCUUCCUCAAGUUCUUCCUCAAGUUCUUCCUCGAGCUCUUCCUCGAGUUCUUCCUCGAGUUAUUCCUCUGUUGCUUCUAGCUCUUCCGUCGCUCCAAGCUCCUCGAGCUCUUCUGUUGCUUCAAGCUCUUCGAGCUCUUCCGUCGCUCCAAGCUCUUCAAGCUCUUCAGUCGCUCCAAGCUCUUCAAGCUCUUCCGUUGCUUUAAGUUUUUCGAGUUCUUCCGUUGCUUCAAGCUCUUCGAGCUCUUCGAGCUCUUCCGUUGUUUCAAGUUCUUCCGUUGUUUCAAGUUCUUCAAGCUCUUCAAGCUCUUCCAUUGCCCCAAGCUCUUCAGCCCCAAGCUCUUCUGCUCCGGCAUCUGCUGCUUCAAGCUCCCCAUCUGAAGUCCCAAGCUAUUCCUUAUCUACAACAUACGUCACGCUUACUACCUGGGUGAAUCUGUGCUAAAAGUGCCAACUUGUUUCUCCUAUCUAUACCUGUGCAAUUACCUUCUACAUUGUAAAAUAUGAUACCUUUAAUUUUUGAAAUAUUG